AUGCCGACCACCCAAACUUCCUCUCACAUCCACUGCCCUUUUGCCGACUGUGUAUCUCCGACACCUCCUUUCCCCGGAUUUAACACUACGGAGUACAGCCUCCACAGUUCGCUUAUCAUGCGAUGGGACUCGUCGCGCUGGUCAACCAAUCCCUAUUAUGCCCUGGUGAUUACGGUCAUAGCUUGUGGUGGAAUUCCCAAGGGUUACGAUGAGGGUGGCUAUAGCGCCAGCGUGUCUCUCCCCGCAUUUAAGGCGGACUACAACCUCGACCCGUCACAUUGGGAGAACAACGCCACAGGGCUAGCCAAUCGGAAGGCAAACAUCACGUCCUUCAACGUGCUGGGGGCUGCGAUCGGGGCUCUGCUUGUGCUUGAUCUCAAUGACAGACUAGGGCGCUUGCGGGCAUGGCGCCUCGGGUGUAUCGUGUGGGCAAUGGGCACUCUGAUCCAAAUAUUCGCCUCCGGCAUCUACGGGCUACUACUCUUUAGUCGGAUAUGGGGAGGACUGGGGGCUGGCGCUCUCACCGUCACAGCACCCCUGUACCUUAGUGAGAUAGCCCCGGCAAAAACACGAGGUCUGGUGGUAGGGUUGUACAUGGUCCUAUUACUGGCCUUCUUGACAACAGGGUUCUUUGUCAAUUACGGCGCCAGAACUCACAUGGCGGUCGACCGUACCCAAUACCGCCUAGUCCAGGCUGUCCCGUUAAUCCCAACGGGGAUCGCGUUCAUCCUGUCGUACUUUUGUCCGGAAACCCCCCGAUACCUUGUCUCAAAGAAGCACCACAGCGAAGGGCUGAACGCGCUAGCGCGCUUGCGCGGAAAGCCUCACAACGACCCAGAUGUCGUGACCGAGUUCGAGGCUAUCGACGCGCAGGUGCGCGAGCGCUCGGCGGACCUUGAGUCCGUGUCGCAUUGGGCUAUGUUCAAGGAGACUCAAACGAACCCCAAUUACCGACAGCGCUUUUGGCUUAUCAUGGUCAUGCAAACUAUCGGUCAAUGGACUGGUGGGAAUGGUAUCACAUACUAUGUGACGAGCAUUUUCCAGUACGCUGGCCUCACAGGCGAUGCAGAAUCCCUCGUCGGCUCUGGCGCCUACGGAGUCGUGAAACUUGUCUUCACCAUGGCCUUCACGUGGGGAUUAAUUGACUUAUUUGGCCGACGACGCUGUACCAUCACCGGCCUUGCCCUCCAACUAGCAGCACACAUCUACAUGGGCAUUUACAUGGGUCUGCAGCCCGGCUCAGCUGAUAACCACAACGCAUCAAACGCAGCCGUCGCCUCAGUCUUCAUCUAUGCCACCGGCUGGUCCAUCGGUCUGUGCACAGUCCCCUAUCUAUACGGCACAGAAAUCUUCCCCACGCGCAUCCGAAAUGUCAGUUAUGCCAGUAGUAUGUCGCUACAUUGGUUCUUCCAGUUUGCCGUUGUGCGCGUUACGCCGAACAUGUUCGUUUCCUUGCAUGUUUGGGGCGCUUAUCUCUUCUGGGCACUGAUCUGUUUCUUCGGACUGAUUAUCCUUGGUGUUUGGAUGCCAGAGACUAAGGGUGUGCCUAUUGAACAGAUGGGUGAUCUGUUUGAUGGGCCGUGGUACUUGCGUUGGAACGCAAAGCCCAAAGGCCGUGUGGAUGUCUCGCCUUCGGCGGAAGAUACGGUUUCCUCUACGGAUGAUCGUGCGCACAAAGCUCAUGAUUAG